CUGCUUGCGAUUCCCGCCAAAAACAUUGCAUACGGCGUGCAAUUUUCGCUGGCGUUUUGUUUUGUGUUUACUGCUGAGCGGAAAGGAGCGCAUAUCCCCGAAAACUACUUUAAUUACUCCAUCAGCCGCUGUGUAAACUACUGUCAAUAGCAUCGAGAUGGCCCACGACGGGGAACAGUUCAUCAAGGAUAUUCAGCGCGAGUAUGUGGACUUCUUGGACGAUGAGGAGGACCAGGGCAUCUAUGCCGGUCACGUCAAAGACAUGAUAGCCGAGAAGAGCAAGCGUCUGAUCGUGAACGUCAACGAUCUGAAGCGCAAGAAUCCGCAACGGGCUCUGGGCCUCCUGAGCAGUGCCGCGGACGAGCAGCUGGCCUUCGGCCGGGCCCUCAAAGAGUACGCCUCCACGGUGGACCCCAGCUAUGCCAAACUGCACGAAGAUCUGUUCGUGGGCUUUGAGGGGUGCUUCGGCAACCGCCACGUUACUCCCCGAUCCCUCACUUCGAUCUACUUGGGCAACAUGGUCUGUGUGGAGGGUAUCGUCACGAAGGUGUCCCUCAUCCGGCCCAAAGUGGUGCGCAGCGUCCACUACUGUCCCACCACCAAGAAGGUUAUGGAACGCAAGUACACAGAUCUUACUUCCUUUGAAGCCGUGCCCUCAGGCGCCGCGUAUCCCACCAAGGACGAAGAUGGCAAUCUGCUGGAAACUGAGUUUGGCCUGUCGGUCUACAAAGAUCACCAGACGCUAACCAUACAGGAGAUGCCGGAGAAGGCUCCGGCGGGACAGCUGCCGCGUUCCGUGGACAUUGUUUGCGACGACGAUCUCGUGGAUCGGUGCAAGCCCGGCGAUCGGGUCCAGAUCGUAGGUAGCUACCGCUGCUUGCCGGGCAAACGAGGCGGUUACACUUCAGGCACCUUCAAGACCGUGCUCCUGGCCAACAACAUAUCGCUGCUGAGCAAGGAGAGCAACCUGGACAUCUCGCGCGAAGACAUUAUGCUCUGCAAGAAGCUGGCCAAGAACAACGACAUCUUCGAGCUCCUCAGCAAGAGCCUGGCGCCCUCGAUCCACGGCCAUGCCUAUGUGAAGCAGGCCAUUCUGUGCCUGUUGCUCGGCGGCGUGGAGAAGCUCCUGCCCAAUGGCACUAGGCUGCGUGGCGACAUUAAUGUGCUCCUCAUCGGCGAUCCCUCGGUGGCCAAGUCCCAGCUGCUGCGCUACGUGCUGAACACGGCUCCGAGGGCGAUUCCCACCACGGGCCGCGGCUCCAGCGGUGUGGGUCUGACGGCGGCCGUCACGACGGAUCAGGAGACGGGUGAGCGACGCCUGGAGGCGGGCGCUAUGGUCCUGGCCGAUCGGGGCGUAGUCUGCAUCGAUGAGUUCGACAAGAUGAGCGACAUCGACCGCACAGCCAUUCACGAGGUGAUGGAACAGGGCAGGGUGACCAUUUCCAAGGCCGGCAUCCAUGCCUCUUUGAAUGCGCGCUGCUCGGUGUUGGCCGCCGCCAAUCCUGUCUACGGCAGGUAUGAUCAGUACAAGACCCCCAUGGAGAACAUUGGUCUGCAGGACUCGCUGCUCUCCCGUUUCGAUCUACUUUUCGUGAUGCUGGACGUGAUCGACAGCGAUGUGGACCAGAAGAUUUCGGACCAUGUGGUGCGCAUGCACCGCUACCGCAAUCCCAAGGAGGCCGACGGCGAGCCCCUGUCCAUGGGCAGUUCCUAUGCCGAUUCCCUGGCCUUUGUGUCCCGAAACGAGGAGAAAAAAGACACGGAGGUUUAUGAGAAAUAUGAUGCCUUGCUGCAUGGAAAGUCCCGGCAGCGCCACGAGAAGAUUCUGUCCGUGGAGUUCAUGCGCAAGUACAUCCACAUUGCCAAGUGCAUGAAGCCCAAGUUGGGGGAGCAGGCCUGCGAGGCGAUUGCCAACGAGUACUCCCGCCUCCGUUCGCAGGAGGCCCUGGAAACCGACGUGGCUCGCACCCAGCCCAUCACGGCCCGUACUCUGGAGACCCUGAUCCGUUUGUCGACGGCCCAUGCCCGCGCCAGGAUGUCCAAGUCGGUGACCAUCGACGACGCCCAGGCAGCCAUCGAACUGGUGCAGUUCGCCUACUUCAAGAAGGUCCUGGAGAAGGAGCGCGGAAAGCGCCGUCGCAACAGUGGCUCCUCCGACGAGGAGGACGGCCAGACCACCGCCACCCAGAGGUCGCCGUCGCGUCGCACCAAGAGGACUCGCACCGAAGCGGCUGGCGUCGACAGUGACGAGGAGGAGAUCGAGACCCCGCAGCCGGAUGCCGGGGAUCUGACGCGCCGCGAGACCCGCCGCUCUCUGCCGGCCACUGGACGCUCGGCUGGCUCCCAGCUGGCGACCUCAAGCGAGGAGCAAUCGACACCAUCGGCCGGUCCGGCCACCAUCACCGACGCCCGUCUGGGCGCCUUCAAGAACGGAUUGCAGCGCCUGUUCCGCGAUGCUCGCGAGCAGAGCCUGGCCCUGGCCAGGAUCACCACCGCCAUCAACGAGGGCAAUGUGGAGCCAUUCAGCGGCGGCGAGAUCGAGGCGGCCGUCCACCGUAUGACCGAGGACAACCAGAUCAUGGUGGCCGACGACAUCGUCUUUCUCAUUUAAGAUCCUCACAUUCCGGAAACUCUCCAGUUCUUCAUCCUCAUCGUGCACCGGAAACCUAUAUUUUGAUGCUCUCAUGUAGCGGUUAAGUUGUAUUUUUGUUUCUAUUUAUAUGAUAAUAAACACUUUCGAACUACCAUUGGCCAAAUAA